GGGUUCCUUCUGUUUGCAGAUGCGUUUUGACGUCUUUGACUUUUUGGCUGUCGUCGUCGUCGUCGUUGGCUUCUUUCUUCUCGAUAUUACGUUUGGAAAAUAUCCCUUUUUUCUCUCCUCGCUUAUUUAUCGCUUGAUUCAAUAAGCACGGCUGCUUCUAUUACUUCCAUUCCUUUUUGCCAUACGAGGACCUGAUCGAUCUCAAAAAGGGCCAUAUCUCGCACCUCUCAGUCUUUUUGUGUCGUUGGCUCUUCUUGCUCCUGCUGCUAGUCCGCGUAUUUUGCUUUCGGCCUUCUGCUCUGUUACGUCGUUUUUGAGGGACACGCGUUUUUCCAUCAACAAAGGGAGCAAAUCAAAUAAGCCAAACAAUAAUAGUAUAGUCUAUCUUUUUCCUCCCAUCUACCGCUCUGUGGAAUUUGCAUAGUGAAUCGGGGCCCGCAACCGAUUCAGCCUUUGGGGAUCAUCUCCACCCGUUACGCCCCGGUCGGGCCAGUUGCUCUGUUUACAUAACGCACACGAACAAAGUCAGCGCCUUGUCCGUCGUUACAACACCAGCAAGAGACCUGCUGUCCCUUUUCCACCUGCCUCGCUUCCCUGCCAAGUGUUGGCUCUAGUGCGCACAAAUACCUUUGACGUGCAACAUACGGACGAAGUCAACCUUGUCUUCUUUCAGCGAGGGACUCACACCGACUCUGCUGUCAACUCGGCCUCCUGCGCAUCCUCAUUAGCGGAUUCUUGACCCACAAAUCUCGUCCCCUGUCUCGACAAGCAGCUGCCACUUUCCACCACGGCGUCCCCUUUUCUGUGAAUAAUUAUUUCUCUGUUGUUUUCCCCUUACGUUUCUCUGCAAACAUUAUUAUACGAUAAUGUCGACCAAGAAAAGAAAUAUUGUACAACCUCUUUUGGACAACUCGGCCAAAGCAGGAACAGGAAGUAGCGUAAUUAAUGGUGUGAGAUUAAGCAGUGAACCAGACUCGACCAAGGUGAACAUUGUUCCCGCAAACGAUGGAAAGACCGGCGAACCGAUAGAUCUCCAAUAUACCAACUACAAAGUCAUCGGUAAUGGAUCAUUUGGCGUCGUCUUCCAAGCAAAGCUUCUCCCAAACGGAGAGCCUGUCGCGAUCAAGAAAGUAUUGCAGGACAAGCGGUUCAAGAACCGCGAAUUGCAAAUCAUGCGACUAGUUGACCACCGCAAUAUCUGCAGUCUGAAGGCGUUCUUCUACUCCAACGGAGAGAAAAAGGACGAGCUGUUCCUUAACCUUACGCUAGAGUAUAUACCCGAAACAAUAUACAGGGCUUCACGGCAUUACGCCAAGAUCAAGCAAACAAUGCCGAUGCUCUCUAUCAAGCUUUACAUGUAUCAACUCUUCAGAGCGCUUGCUUACAUCCACGCACUGGGCAUCUGCCACCGUGAUAUUAAACCACAAAACUUGCUGCUUGAUCCCGCAACUGGUGUUCUUAAGCUCUGUGACUUUGGGAGUGCAAAGAUUCUGGUGAAGGAUGAACCCAACGUGAGCUACAUAUGUUCCCGAUAUUACCGAGCCCCAGAGCUGAUAUUCGGAAGUACCGAUUACAACGUCAGCAUUGAUGUAUGGUCGACUGGAUGUGUAAUGGCUGAGCUCAUGCUGGGCCAACCUAUUUUCCCGGGAGAAUCCGGGGUAGAUCAAUUGGUUGAAAUUAUCAAAGUUCUCGGCACUCCAACGCGGGAACAAAUAAAGUCUAUGAACCGAAACUACACAGAGUACAAAUUCCCUCAAAUCAAAGCUGCCACAUGGCCCAAGGUGUUUAAGAACAAACCCACCACCCCCGAAUCCCUCGAUCUCAUUGGCAAGCUUCUCGAAUACACACCACCCAACCGAUUAACUGCCGUCGAGGCCAUGGCCCACAACUUCUUUGAUGAGUUACGCCUCCCUGAAACAAAAAUGAUGAACGGAAAGGAUUUCCCACCGUUGUUUGACUUCUCAACUCUGGAACUGUCUAUUCAACCUGAUUUGAACCGGGUUCUUGUUCCUGCACACGCCGAGCCAGCAUUGCGCGCUAGAGGAAUUGAUCUGGAUCAAUUCCAACCGGUGCCGAUUCAGCGGCCUUCACUCAGCGAUUAAGAGAGCAUAGACAGCGAAAUUUGGUUGGGAAAGUCACGAUUAGAGAUUCACGGUACAGGACUGUCCUGGUGGUCCCCAUCGAUGGGCAAAGCCUCGUUUGGGAGGGAGUGGGACAGAAUGCCAUGGACUUAAAUUCUGAUGGCUUUUCUUCCGUACAUUUUUCUCUGCCAGUAGUGUCUGUCCUUUCCACCUUUCCUCCAUCCUUUUUACCCUUAGUUUGGUUUUCCUCUUUCUGUGUGCUCUCUUUGUCUUUUCGUCCUUUCUUUCUUUCAUGUACAAAGUUGGUACAGGCGGCCCAUGGACUGUGAUGGACGUUUGGUUUUAUGAACAUAGAUGGUUAAAAGACUGGAAAUAUUUCUGCUUUCACCGCCAGAGAACUGGAGCGUGUCAGCAUAAUGACGUG